CGGAAGUGACCUAAAAGCUCUUCCUGUUUGGCCUGUAUCUGGAGCAACAUGGAGGGGACGGAAUCUCGGAAGCUGCCCCGGGUCCCCGAGAAUUUACUGAAGAAAAGGAAGAGGUAUCAGGGUCUGAAAGCGGCUGAAGCCAAGAGAGCGCUGCUGGAGAAGCGGAAGGUACACGCCGGGAAGCAGAUCAAGUUCAAACGACUGGAGACCUUUGUCCGAAACUCGCGGAGGAAGUUACGAGAUGACUCGCGCCUGCGCAGGAUGGAGAUUUACCAGAAGAAAGUACCCAACGUGGCCAAUCAGAAGCUGGCGUUUGUUGUGCGCAUCGCGGAUAUUGAAGGCGUCAACCACCAAGUGCUGCGCAUCCUCGGGACGCUGCGCCUGGACAAGAUAUUCUCUGGAGUGUUUGUAAAGUUAAACCAGUCGGCGUUGAAGAUGCUGCAGGUGGUGGAGCCGUACGUGGCGUGGGGAUUUCCCAACCUGAAGUCUGUGAGGGAGCUGAUCCUGAAGCGAGGCCAGGGAAUGGUGGACGGGAAGAAGGUGGCGCUUACUGACAACGCACUGAUCGAGGAGCGAUUGGGGCAGUUUGGGGUCAUCUGCUUGGAGGAUCUGAUCCAUGAGAUGUACACGGCAGGAAGACAUUUCUCAGCCGUUAACGGCUUCCUCUGCCCGUUCAAGCUGUCUGUGGCCAGACACGCCGCCGUCAACAAGAAAGGAUACCGCAACGAGGUGGGCGACCCCGGGAACCGAGGGGCCGACAUAAACCAGCUCAUCCGACAGCUCAAUUAAGUUCAGGCCGCUCUGGACCAGCAGCAAACCCCCUGACUUCUCCUCUUUCCGGAUGGCCGCGUUGAUGCUUGCGAGUCUCGCUGGGUCACAGUCGGUGUCUGUGUGGGGCCCUCUCCGGAUUAACGUGGCCCCUUUUGUGGUUACCGCAUGCUUUCGGAUGACAGGAUCAGACUAUGGCCGUACGCACCCUUACUCCACGCUUCACGUUCGUGUCUUGGGGCGGGAUAUUCAUGGACCGAUAAGCCUAUAGGUGGCCAGCUUUCCCUCGGAAUAAAUCCCUCUCCCCACAUGUUGUUAAUAUUUUUGGAUAAAAGAAUUUGGAGUAAAA